CGUGGUACCGGGCGGAAGUAAGUAGUGUAUUGUGUGUCCGCGCUCUUCAGCCCAGUCGCGUGCGUGUUGCGUGCGGAACUGUGUGACUCGUGCGUUGUGCGGUGGACUCCAGCAACGGACCGCAGAAGGUCGAGACUGCCGUUUCUUAGUGAUGACGUGACGUGACUGUAGAUGGCGCCGAUAGUCGCCGGCAGCCUGCUGCUUAUGUUGGCGGCCCUGGCGCACUCUCUCCGACUCGAGCGGUGCGCGGAACCUCUUGGAAUGGAGUCUGGUCGGAUCUCUGACGCUGAUAUAACGGCUAGCUCAUCACACGAUUCCAGCCUCGUGGGCGCCAGGAACGCAAGGCUGCACAGUGAGACCGGCGGCGGCGCGUGGUGCCCCCGCAACAUGGUGACGCGGGCCGCCGAGGAGUGGCUGCAGGUGGAGCUGCACUCGCUGCACGCCGUCACGGCGGUGCGCACACAGGGCCGCUACGACCACGGCCGCGGCCAGGAGUACGCCGAGAACUACCUGCUCGACUACUGGCGACCGGGGCUCCACUCCUGGACCAGGUGGAAGGACAAGAUAGGCAACAAGGUUCUAGUGGGGAACGGCGACACGACCACUGUGGUGGAGCGACGGCUUCAACCUCCGGUGAUAGCAACCAGGGUGCGAGUGGUGCCCUUCAGUGAGCAUAUGAGGACCGUCUGUGUAAGACUCGAGCUGGUCGGAUGCAAGAACACAGAGGGCCUGCUGAGCUACAGCGUGGCGCAGGGCGCGCGGGGCUUCACGGACCGCCUGUACGACGGCAGGGAGGCGGCGGGACACCUGUCGGCCGGCCUGGGGACGCUCUCCGACGGCAGGAAGGCGCACGAGCUGCUGUCCAGCCUGAACCCCACGCAAGGCGACGCUGACCACGGCUGGGUGGGCUGGCGCAACGACACGCCUGGCAUGGAGGGCAGUCCCGUGGAGAUGCUGUUUGAGUUCGACCACGUGAGAAACUUCUCGGCGGUGCACCUACACGCCAACAACCAGUUCAGCAAGGACGUGCAGGUAUUCUCGCACGCGAAGGCGUUCGUCAGUGUGUCGGAGCAGCAGCAUAUGUCCACGGAGCCGGUGGCCUUCUCGUACGUGGCUGACCUGCUCAUGGACAAUCCGCGUGACGUCACGGUUAAGCUGCACCACCGCAUCGGCCGCUUCCUGCGCCUACAGCUCUACUUCGCUGCUUCUUGGAUACUGCUCAGCGAGGUCUCAUUCGACUCGGUGGUGGUGCCAGGCAACUUCUCGGCGGCGGAAGUGCUCAUGGAGGACUCGCCACAGCGUGACGAAGUGCAACAGCCGCAAGUGCCUCCGACGGCGCCCGUCGCUCCGUCUCCUGCUGGGGCCGCCUCCGGCGAUGCGGACCAGCUGCCCCCGCGCCAGGAGGCGGCGGACUCGGCGGCUGCGGCGCCCGCCCCCGCGCCGGCCUACAUCGGGCCGGUGAUCGGCGCGCUGUCGGCGGUGAUCGUGCUGCUGACGGCGGCCAUCCUGCUGAUCGUGCUGAGGCAGCGCCGUAUCAAGGCAGCAGCCGCCGCUGCCCACGGCGCCCAGCCCGCCGCCUCCGCGCUGCCCUUCAACGGCGCCGCCGCCUCCGCCGCCACCGCACCUUUCGUCCACGGCGACAAGACCGUAGCGCUCAAGGAACUGCAGAUGCGGGUGAACGUGAGCGCUAACGGGCGCGUGUACGGGCAGGUCUCGCUGGAUGAUCCGGAACCACCGCUGCUCCUCAGCAAGGCAGAAGACGCCAGCCUGCCAGCCUUCCAUGGGGAGCGGCCAGCCAAGAACCUGUACUCUACUGGCGCAGCACUACGCCGGUACUCAGGUGUUCCCGAUGUAGUGUCACGAGAUUAUGCAGUACCACACGUGACCCGCACACCACCGCCUAGUCACCGAAUAGUGUUUCCAGAAGCUCCUCCUGUUCCUCCACCACCACAGCAAUAUUAUGCUGCUACUGAAAUAUGUAAGCCCCCUCCUCCAACUUCUCCGCCACCAUUGCCUCCACCACCAAUCACAUCGCAUUAUAGUGGAGAUUCUUUAAGUGUAUGUGAUGAUGGUACCACUGCUACAGAAGCUGAAGAUGAGGAAGAGCAACAAGGGUUACCAGCAUUUCCACUUGAUCAGCUACGUGUAAUUGAAAGACUAGGUGUCGGGCAAUAUGGAGAGAUAAACUUAUGUACAACAAGCAGAUAUCCAGAGGACAUCAAUUCUGACUGCUCUGACUAUGAUCUUGUAGCUGUGAAGAUUUUGAGACAAGGUGCAUCAGAAUCAAAACGGCAUGAUUUUGAAAGUGAAGCACAUAUUUUAGCACGGCUUAAAGAUCGUAACAUUGUGCAACUACUAGGUGCCAGUCUCACCACUGAGCCACCAUGUCUUGUAUUUGAGUACUCUUCCUGUGGAGACCUGAAUCAAUUUCUACAGGAGCAUGUUGCUGACACAUCACUGCCUCGUACCACCAAGACAUUGAGUUUUGGAUGCCUGAUUUAUAUGGCCACACAGAUAGCAUCAGCAAUGAAAUAUCUUGAGUCUCUGAAAAUUGUCCACAGAGACUUAGCAACCAGAAACUGCUUAGUUGGCAAGAACUAUCACAUCAAAGUUUCCUAUUUUGGAAUGAGCCGCAGUCCAUAUUCAGCAGACUACUAUAAACUUGAAGACUGGGCAAUGCUGCCUAUAAGAUGGAUGGCUUGGGAGAGCAUAUUACUUGGGAAGUUUACAUCCAAAAGUGAUGUCUGGUCAUUUGCUGUAACUCUAUGGGAAAUACUGACAUUUGCCCGAGAGCAGCCAUACGAAGACAUGAAUGACUCUCAAGUCAUAGAAAACUUGACCCAUUUCUAUGAAAAUGAUGGCAAGCAGGUACUUUUGCCUCUUCCAAUAAAAUGUCCAAGAGAAAUUUAUGACCUAAUGUGUGAAUGUUGGCAACGGAAUGAAUCAGACCGACCAAACUUUCAAGAAAUCUAUUUGUUUCUACAAAGGAAAAAUCUUGGAUACAAGCCAGAAAUGAAUUGACAUUUUAAAUUUUUGAGUCCGUGCCUAAAGUGUUUCAGCAGUUUGAAAGCUGUAAAUAUAAUUAUAUGAUCUGCUCAAAGUAACCCAAAGAAGCCUGGUUGGGUACAAACCAGAAUGUGUUGUGACUAAAAUCAUCUCAUAGCAUAAAAUGUGAGAUGUUCACACCAUAAAAUUAAUUUGGUCUGAUACCCACUACACAGUGCUAAAUAAGCAGUUUACAGUUACUGAUAGACAGAUAGUGUGAAGUUGUUGGAAAUUGCUGUGUUGUGGCAUUCAUUUCCUGAUGUGAGUUGCAAUAAGACUGAAAUUUUUUGUAACUUUUGAAAAUUUUCAUUAACGUCAGUAAUAAGAGUACUGUUUUACUGUAGAGGGUUAUUUCACUACAGAUUAUUUUGGGUCUAAUAUAAGAAGGCUGCUAUGAUUGUCUGUUUGGCAAGGAUCAUGUGAGUUCAUUAUUAUUCAGUGAUAUUAGAGUAUUGUCUUACGGGACUCCUCAACAAUUACUUCAGGUUCAGUAAAAAAUUUUUGUACUUUUUAUCAGUCCUUUUAGAUGGAAUUUUUUUUGGUGUUAUUCAAUGCUCAAAAAGUCACAGCAUUGUGAUGAGAUACAAUGCAUUAAUUUCUUUGUCCAAAAAAUAAUCUGAAUUAGUAUUUGCUAUAUCAGUGUCUUCUUCAGUUUUCUAUGACAAUGUGUUACACUGAAAUUGGUCCCUUGGGCUGAAUUAUAAUUAACUUUUGUUCCAUUUACCAGUUUUCUUUUCAUACUGGGUUCUGUGAUGGAAUAUGUUCUUUAAUCAACCUUUUAGUUGUCAGCGAUCAUCAAUCUAUUAGCAGUACAUACUGAAAAAAAUGAGUAGGAUACUGGAUUAUAAUGAGAAAUACCAAAAACCCUUCUCAGUGCAUACUGACAUUCCUUUAUAAAUACCAGAAAAGGGUAGAUGAUAUGAACUGUCCUUGUGCCUUCUUUCUUCACAAUGAGACAAUAGAUUUUCCUCUUGAAAACUGGUUUUCCACUGGGUAUGGAGCACUAUUCUGAAGCUGUUGUAAAUGUAAUGUCAGGCAGCACAAAGUGUAACUACAUUCUUAUACAAAAAUGACACUUUUUCAUAAUAAUCUCCAUUUCCAUAUGAUCAGGAAGAAAUACUUGUCACAAUUUACUCAGUGUACGUUUCUUUCAUGUGCCUCUUAUAAGUAUAAAAAUAUACAAAAUAAUAAAUGUUAUAAAUGCUUGUAAAUAAAUGUAAAGUAAUUUUAUACUAAGAGAAUGUUUUAAAACUGUGUAUUGUAAAAUAACAAUGGAUGUAUGUAAAUUUACGAAAUGUUAUGUACAGGUUUUGUUCUAUUGUGCAUAGUUUGUAAUGGUGAUGAGCUGGCUUGAUCUCCUUGGACCAACAAUUACAUGUUGCACUUGUUGAAGAGAACUAUCUCCUAAUGUGAAAGAUGUUAACUUACAAAAUGUGUUAGUUAUUGUUUUUUCAGAUAUUACAGAUUUUUAUUACUGAAAUGAUAAACUGAUGAAAACCUGUUUGGAAAAUAUA